AUGAGCUCGGAGUUGGCUGAGUGGCUGAAUGAACGCAAACUACCUCAUGAAUACAAAUGUCCAGUGCCGGAAGGAACGUUCAGUGACACUGCAACUAAUCAAAUUCAAGGAUCACUCGUCGGUCUCGCUCUGGGAGACGCACUCGGUGCACAUGUCGAAUUUCGUCCUCGUACUUUUCUCGUUCACCACCCAGUCACAGACUUGGAGGGAGGCGGAACAUGGGGCUUGAAUGCAGGCCAAUGGACUGAUGACACAUCAAUGGCCUUGUGCUUAGCUACGAGUCUAGUCGUUAAGGGCGAAUUCUACGCAUACGACCAAUUGGUCCGAUACAAACGAUGGUGGAAAGAAGGAUAUAUGUCAUCUACAGGAAAUUGUUUCGAUAUCGGCAAUGCUACUCAAGAAUCUCUUAACGUGUUCUACCAACGUCAAAUGGGUCUUCAAAACAGGCUGGAUAUACCUUCUAUGUAUAACACUGACUCACUUUCGAGAGACAUUAUUGAGAAAGCGGGAUUUAACGUUUUUUGUAGUAAACCGGGAGUGGCAGGGAACGGAGCCCUCAUGCGCUUAGCUCCUGUUCCGUUGUUUUUCUAUCGAUCACCCAAUCACGCCAUCGAAUAUGCAGGUAUUAGUGGUCGACUGACACACGGCGAUGAGAAAGCGGGAGAUGCAUGUAGAUACUAUGCCUCUUUAAUCUGUGCAGCUAUGAGUGGAUUCUCUAGAGAGGACUUAUUAGAUAACAAAUUUUACCAGAACUGCUUCCGACAUGGUUGGUUCGGUGAGAGACAUCUGCAUGAUGACGUAUUGAGAGUAGCGCAGGGUUCGUAUAAGAAGAAAGGCGGUUACGAUGAUGGAAUAAGAGGGAACGGAUAUAUUAUCGCCGCGUUAGAAGCGGCUCUCUGGGCAUUGUGGAUGGACGAGGGCUCAUUUAAGAGGGGUGCUCUAUUAGCUGUGAAUCUGGGAGAUGACACUGAUACGACAGCAGCCAUUUAUGGUCAGCUAGCCGGAGCCUGUUAUGGUUUAAGCGGGUUGCCACAAGAAUGGGUAAAACGGCUCUAUGGCAAAGAAUUUAUUUGUUGUCUAGGGUUUUGGUUAGAGUUGAGAGGAAAUGAGUGGACUACACGAUUAUCUAGCGCUGUACAAAAUGCGCCGCAUUGGAAAGAACAACUCAGACAUCAUGCUAAACAGCAAGUAUCGGCUCAAUACGGUUAUUCAAAACCUCAGAAUGAAAAAAAUGAUAAUCAUCAAGCGUUUCAUAAACAUGGUUCGCCGCAAAAUCCUAAACUAGUUUUUUGUCCAAAUGGUUAUGAAUCAGACUCUUCUCUGGACACAGAAAUUUAUCAUCCUCAACGUCGUAUAGUAAAUGACCCUUCACACCAUCAUAUGACGCAACUGCCUUUCACAUAUGAAGAUCGUUCUAAUCCGUAUGGGCAUUCUCAACCGAAAAAGAGUUCGAUUCACAGCGUUUCAAGAAUAGUGUUUGUCGCACCUGGAUAUGCUCCACGAGCAACUGAUAGAACAAGGCAUCAACAAUAA